AUGUCGUCUGUCCGCAACAUCGUAUCAUUCGAGGAUCGAGCAACAGCUUGUCAAGCCAAACCUCGUGAUGACCUCCUCGUAAUCGAACUUACGAUUCAAGACAUCGACAUAGCAAGAGUAUUGGUCGACACCGGAUGUUCGGCCAAUAUUAUCUAUAAGAGCACCCUCGAGAGAAUGGGGAUCGAUCUAAACGCUAUCACAGACGAUCCCAGUCCAGUAGUUGGACUCUCGGGAAACACUACAAUGACCCUUGGCACGAUUGAUCUCUCAGUCAAAGCCGGGAGCGUCACCAAAUAUGUGGAAUUCCUGGUGGUCGACGGUCCGACAGCGUAUAACGCGAUCUUUGGAACUCCAUGGUUGAAUUCCAUGCGAGCGAUUCCCUCAACAUUCCACCUGUGCCUCAAGUUUCCAACUCCUUCCGGGGUUGAAACAAUACAAGGGGAUCGGGAAGUAUCGCAAGUCUGCCUAGCCGCUGGGUUAAAACGAAAAAACUCCGAGAUCGAAACCCCCCGAAAAAAGCAAACUGUUCACGAACCAGCAUUGCAAGACUCCCCAGAGGUCUUCUGGCAGUCGCAAAGACCUGAAGCCCUAGAAGGGAAGCGUGAACCUACCUGCGAGCCGGUAGUCUCGAUCUGCCUUGAUGAGUCUUACCCAGAGCGAUGCGUCGAAAUCGGAGCCAAUCUCCACGAACCGCUAAGAGAAGAGCUCAUAGCGUGUCUCAAGAAGAACCUUAAUAUGUUCGCUUGGACCAGACGGAAGCUGGGACCCGAACGUGCCAUUGCAGUUAAUAGGGAAGUCGAAAAGCUCCUCAAAGUAGGGUCGAUAACAGAAGUUAGAUAUCCCGACUGGCUUGCCAAUCCCGUCGUAGUCAAAAAGAAAAACAGCAAGUGGCGAGUAUGCGUCCACUUUACCGAUCUCAAUAAGGCAUGCCCAAAGGACUGUUUUCCGCUUCCGCAUAUCGACCGACUGGUCGAAGCAACCAUGGGGAACAAGCUCUUGUCAUUCAUGGACGCUUUCUCUGGUUACAAUCAGAUCAUGAUGAACCCCGACGAUCGCGAAAAAACCGCAUUUAUCACCGAUCGCGGAACAUAUUGCUACAAAGUAAUGCCGUUUGGUCUUAAGAACGCUGGUGCCACAUAUCAACAUCUCGUCAACCGGAUUUGUCUCAUUGGAGAAGAGCUAACCACCCUCCUUGAGACAUAA